UAAGGGAGAGAUUAAAUAAGAGAAUCUCGUUAAUCACUACAGAGCAUAGAGUUUCAAAUCAAUGGCGGAAAUCCAGAAUUCGGAAGCGCCAAAAAUUCUCACAAUGAACCAAGGAAUCGGCGACCAAAGCUACGCCACAAACUCAAUCUCACAGAGCAAAUACCAGUCCGGAUCCCGGCCUCUGCUCCGCAGCGCCAUUGCCGCCUUAUGCGCGGCCGAUUUGCCAUCCGCCAUUGCCGUUGCCGACCUCGGCUGCUCUUCAGGACCGAACGCGCUCUUCGCGAUCUCCGAGAUCGUCGGCGUGAUCCGCGGCUGUUGCGGCGGUGAAGCGCCGGAGUUGACUGUGUUUUUGAACGAUCUGGCGGAGAACGAUUUCAACUCUGUUUUCAGAGGAUUGUCGAACAAGAAGAACGGCGGAUCGUCGGCUAUGGAUGAGUGUUUCGUCGCUGGAGUUCCAGGAUCUUUCUAUGGAAGAUUGUUUGCUUCUAACAGUCUUCAUUUUGUGCAUUCUUCUUCCAGUCUCCAUUGGCUUUCUCAGGUACCUCCAGAGCUGAGUGAGAAAGGGAAGGGAAUAAGAAACAAAGGGAAGAUUUUCAUAUCAAAGACAAGCCCAAGUGAAGUAAUAGAAGCAUAUUAUGGUCAGUUCAAGAAGGAUUUCAGUUGUUUCUUGAAGUCAAGAUCAAAAGAAGUGGUGUGUGGAGGGAGAAUGGUUUUAACUUUCAGAGGAAGAAGGCAGCCAGAUCCAUGCCCUGAUGAAACUUGCCUUCUUUGGGAUUACUUGGGGCUAGCCUUCCAAGCUUUGGUCCAUGAGGGGCUUAUUGAGGAGGAAGAACUAGAGAGCUACAACACUCCUUAUUAUGAACCAUAUGUGGAGGAUGUGAGAAGGGAGAUAGAGGAAGAAGGGUCCUUCAAAAUAGAGAAUUUGGAGAUAAUUGCUUUGGCAUGGGAUGGUGUGAAUAGAGAUGGGGAAAGCUAUGAACGAUCAAAGACAACCCAACAAAUGGCGAAGGCCAUUCAAGCAGUGAAUGAAUGUAUGAUAAGAGCCCAUUUUGGUGGAGAUAUUAUAGAGCCAUUGUUUAAGAGAUUUGAAGAAAUCAUGGAGGCUGAUACUAGAGAGGUGGAGCAUGUUAGUUUGGUUGUUUCUUUGCUUAGAAAAUAAUGAUAAUAUUCUUCGUUAUCGUUAUUGUUACCAUCUUGUUAGCGUUUUAGGGUUUCGAUGGGUAUAAAAGAGUUGUCGAGUCUGGAAGUUUUGUUAGAUUUCAAUGGGUAUAAACGAGUUGUCGAGUCUGAGAGUUUUGUUGG